CCCGCCCAGCCCCGCCCUGAGGGGCCCAGACACAAACUUAGCCCGGUGGGCCCCCGCGAUCGCCUUGGUUAGAGCUCUGCAAGGAAAGGAAGGCCAGCCAGUCGACCUUCCACAGAGGUUCCCCCGCGUCCGUCUCUGUCCGUGGGUCGGUGGGUCUGCAGAGUCGGCUGGAGACCCUGUCCUCUGGGCACUCUAUGGGAGGCUACAUCAGACUGAUGGCGGCGACGACUGGCCCGUCGGGCCUGGCGGUGUGGCUGUCGCGCUGGGCCGCGGCCCGCAGCUCCUACCGCGCCUUCUGCAAGGGGCUCACGCGCACGCUGCUCACCUUCUUCGACCUGGCCUGGCGGCUGCGAAUGAACUUCCCCUACUUCUACGUCGUGGCUUCGGUGAUUCUCAACGUCCGCCUGCAGGUACAUAUUUAGCGCAACUACCUUUGUGGCAGUCACGGGCCCCCGGCAGGAUGGCUGACUUCCACCCACCGGCUCACCUGCCCCAGAGCAAAACGACCAGCUCGGCUCGCGCACGCAAACUUGCCGGUCUGUCUUUCCCAUGCCUCAUCUUUUAAUGUAAAUGGGUGGCUAGAAAUCAUUCUUUUCGGAAAGCCUUCAAUAUAACCAAAAAAAGCCUGAGUUAUAAUGAAAAGUUUACUCUCGAGGAAAUACAUAAUUCAAGGAACAGAAAAGAACUUAAAAAUAUGAAAAUCCUCAGAAAUAUAUGAGUAAUUCUUGCAUCCACAAAACAGAGAACCUCACGAAUUUUAGGAAAUGACAAUGGGAACAGGAUGCCUUAAGGGGAAAAAAGAGAGGAAAUAUUACAAACAUCUCAAAUAAAGAUGAACUGUACAAGAAUGGUCCAAAUAGGCCAAUUUCCAAAUUUGAAUAAGAAGUGAAUAAAGUUCCAACUGAAUGGAAUGAAUUCUAAGCAAUAGACGGAUGACGUUAAAAGCUGGAGGAAAUUAACAUGAUCUGGAAGUCAUACAUUUCUUCAUCCCCAAAGAAGAAACAACGGUAAACAGCAACUACAGGAAAACAAACAUUUCAAACUACAAGGAAAGCAUGCUUCAAAUAGGAAGCAACGUGAGAUUUGAACUGGUUUUUAUAAAAGGGAAUCGGCUUGAACUCUGGCACGUGGAUCAGGACUGCAAUCACAGACGAGAGAAUCCAAUCAUAGCAUUCAACUUUGCUAUUCAGUGAACAGUAUUUGAGCAUUACAAUGGAAAUAUUAGUUAUGGUUUUCCAUUUUUGGAGUAAAUCUCUAGGCAAAGCAGGGAAGACUUAAUUACCGUUAUAGAACACAAUGGGAAUAUUAUCAACUUUGGGAGUGUGCAAGUACUGGCAGAGGGGAGGAAAUGGAAUAGCGGUGUUAUUCUCACGAGGUGGGAAGUCCUAAUACUGUCUCUAGUUCAGUUAUCUGGGGAAUCACUUCGUAGGUUAUAUAAAUGUCUAACCACUAUGCUGUACACCUGAAACUAAUAUAAUAUUGUAUGUCACUGUAAUUGAAAAAUAAAUACAUUUAUAAAGUUUAUUGAUUAUAUUUAUGAGCAAAGUAACCAACAGAAGAGUUAAAAAU